AUUGUUCACCGUCUUCUUUUUGAUUCUUCUCUAUUUCUUUCUGAGCUCUUGGGUAUUCUCCUUUCUUCUUGACACAUUCCUAAUGGUAUAUCUCUAGCUUCUGUCUAUCCAUUCUUUCGUCCAGUUCGGUCUAUUCUCAUCUGUCGUCUCUCCACCGCCAUUCGACCAAAGGAACAGAGAAGAGGAGGAGUUGGAAGAAAGGAGGAAGAAGAAGAGAUGAUGGAUUAUCAGAAACAUCCCCCCCCUCAUCCAGCCUACGCCCACGAUCCUCGCGUUGUUCUUGCUCCGCCGCGUCCGUUUGGCGCCCCUCCGCCGCCAUCACCACCACGUCGACAUCAACCACAACAACUUCAACCGCAACAACUUCAACCGCAAUCACCACAACCACACCUACAACCGCAAUCACAACCACCCCCACAAACCACCUACUACGACCCAUUCAGCAAUCGACGGGAGAUCACCGCCCCUCGCGGUUACAACCCCUAUACACCUUCGCCUUCGACCUCAUCUUCGUCCGCCUCCUCCUCCCCCUCUGUGUUGGCUGCGACGUGGACACCAUCGGAACCCAUCUAUGCGUCAUAUCGAACGGAUCGGGGCGGGCUUGUUCCCGCCCCAGUUGCGGUGAACCAUGGUUCCGGGAGGAGAAAGGCACAACCAGGGGAUGGGAGACGGAGGGAAAAAGGGCACUCGAGGGGAUCUCAGAGUCUGUCUCAUGGUCAAUCUCGAUAUCGAACUGGUGGGUUCUUUUCUUCUCUCGUUCUAUCUUGAACCCUCUGUCCUUCUGUCUUCGUCUUGACUCUCUGCUCCAUACCUUGCAUACCCAACUAUCUCAUAUUUAUACUGGGGAUCUCGGGAACGCUAAGCCCGAGUGGGACUAACCCCGGACGGUCACGGGGUUUCUCACCUCUCUCUGCCUUUCCUUCCUUUCCAACUGCCCGUUCCUGAUCGUUGCUGAUCAUCUUUCUCUUCUUCCCUUCUUCCUUUUCCUUCAUCUUCUCUCCCUCCUUCUCUUCCCAUUCUUCCCGUCUAUCUGUCUAUCUGUCUAUACCCAUCCCUUAUCUCGUCCUUGCUUUCCCCUUGGGUCCCCCUAAUAGGGCGCCCUGCGACAUGAAUCCGCCACCGUCGCAGAACCCCCAGCGUCGGAGAUCGUUGGGCAGCGCUGGUGGCCCCAUCUACCCUGGUGAGCCUUGUCGUGCCCGGUUCCUGGCGCCCUUCCUGGCCCAGUUGCCAUCUGGACCUCAUCUCUGCCGAUGCCCGCUGUUUCUGUUUUCCCCUCUCGCGUGUACUUUGUCCGAUCGGGGUGUUUGGGC